AUGUAUGUCGACUAUAAUAGCCUUGAGUAUGUCGUUUACUCAUGGCUGUUGCCAAUCAUAUGUGUUCCUGGAGUAGCCGCAGCCGCCCUCUCAGCAGUGGUUUUUGCUCGAAUGAGGCAUUCAUCAUUGGAGGUGUUACUAUGCGGGCUUUCACUCUUCGACGUACUUGUGCUCACUUCUGCCUUUUUGAUAUAUCCGGCAAUGAAUGCUUGUCAAAAUGAGCCGGACCCGACUGAAAGUCGUGUGUGCCACUUUUUCUGGACGUCGACGCUGAUCGCCUAUCCGCUGUCACUCAUAGCUCAAGCAGGCUCUGUAUGGACUUGCGUGGCGAUAACUUUCGACCGCUUCAUCGCUGUCUUUUUUCCGAUCAGAAAACAUGUUUGGGCUACUCCAAGGACGUCUACCAUUGUUAUCUGCGGGGUAACCCUCUUCAGUGUCCUCUUCAAACUUCCUGCCUUCUUCGAGAUAACCCUCAAUGAACAAGGACAAAUAGCUCCGACCUCACUAAGGACUAACACUAACUAUCAGAAGUAUUACAUGACUUAUAUGUAUCUGUUCUUCAUUCUACUAAUCCCAUGGACAGUUAUCAUCGUUCUGAAUGGAGUCGUCAUACAGAAGGUACGUGAAGCAUACCAUACACACAAGCUCUUGACGCAAGCCACUCGCGGAAAGAGGGAAUCAGACGAAAGAAAGAUGACUGUGAUGACCAUAGUGAUGACGGGGAUCUUCGUAAUGUGCAACAUACCGCCUGCCAUCAACAACAUCAUCGAAUCCUAUGCACCUCAGUACAGGGAACGAUUUCGCCAUCGAAUUCCUCUCUCAACAUUGCUAGUUUGUGUGAACAGCGCUUCAAAUAUUUUGAUCUACUGCUGGUUCAAUCGGCACUUUCGACGGUCGGUUUUCCGGUUGUGCUCUUCCUCAUCAUUCAGACGUAGCAGCUAUACUUACACUACCGUAUGCAAGGAGAAAACUCGUACGAGCGAAAACUACAUAGUUGUGCCUUUGAAGCCAACAAAGCAAUCGAUCUUGUGAUUGUACUGCUCGUUCGACGUCGUCGUGCUCGAGCAUAUAUUUUUAUUCUUUGCAAAACCAUGCCGUGUUUGCGAAAACGGGUUUUUGCUUUCAUUUGAAAUGCUUCUCUGUAUUUUUGAC